AUGGGAAUAGAUGCCAGAGACUCGUAUGAUUUUGACUUGAGUGUCCACUUCCAAUCGGCUGCAGACUUCAUUCAUAGAGCUCUCAGCAAAAGAGGCAGUGAACGCAGGAUUUGGGUGGUCAAUAUGUUGCGAUUGGCUUUGAUAUUCUGCUUAGCAGCAGUGGUCAUUAUGGGGUGGCCACAUCAUGAAGGCCCUGAACACCCUCAGUCGGACCAGGGCACUACACAGGACACUACACAAGACAACAGUUUGUCUCUGGUGAACACAGCCAACAAAGAGUUUGCCUUUCGUCUGUACACUGCAAUAACCUCUCAGCCGGAAUCCCAAGACAAAAACGUCUUCUUGUCACCGGCAAGUGUGUCUGUGGCACUGGCAGCUCUGUCCAUAGGUGCCCGAGGAGACACACACAAACAGAUCUUUACUGGACUGGGCUUUAACAGCUCACAGUUGAAUCAGGAUCAAGUAAACCAUGUGUUCAGAGGACUCCUGGACAAAAAUGUGUCUCAAGAUGCCACCCAAGGCACCGCUGUGUUUGUGGAUGACAAGUUCAAAACCAACCCCGAGUUUCUGGACACGCUUAAGCAAUCCUACUUCACUGAUGGGUUUACAGUGGACUUCACUAAGACCACAGAGAGUGCAGACACCAUCAAUAAAUAUGUGUCAGACAAAACCAACGGAAAGAUAGACAAGAUGGUGGACAGUCUGGAUGAAACUACUGUCAUGUACCUUCUCAGCUACAUCUAUUUUAAAGGAAAAUGGGAAACACCAUUUGAUCCCCAGUCAACCAGAGAAGACACUUUUGAAGUUGAUGAAAACACUGAAGUAAGAGUCCAGAUGAUGGGAAAAGAGGACAGCUUUGAAGUUUAUUAUGAUCAAGCAAUCAACACCUCCGUGCUGCACCUUCCCUUCAACAGUUCCUACUCAAUGCUGCUGAUGCUGCCAACUGAAAUGGAGACAUUGGAGAGAGCCCUUUCCCCAAAUCAUGUCACUAAAUGGCUCAAAUGGAUGAAAUCUAAGAGAUUCAACAUAUUUCUCCCAAAGUUUUCCAUCAAGACAUCAUACUCAAUGAAGAAAAUAUUGAGUGACAUGGGGAUGACUGACAUGUUUGGUGACCGCGCAGAUCUGAGUGGCAUUGCAGUGGGGCAGAAACUAGCUGUAUCAGAGGUUGUUCAUAAGGCUACUCUGGAUGUGGACGAGACUGGUGCCACAGCAGCAGCUGCUACUGGAGUCCAGAUUACUCUUCUGUCGUAUCGUGUCGUCCCAGUUCUGAAGUUCAACCGCCCAUUCAUGGUUCUCAUCUUCAACCGAGAAACACAAGACAUUUUGUUUAUGGGGAAGAUCAUCAACCCUAAUAUCUAA